AUGCUCAACCCACCAAUGGCUCUCUAUAAGGGGCGAUCCAAGGCCAAGAUGCCCAGACUGCGAUUGUACCAGAUGCGACUCGCGCUUUUCCUUGUCGUAUGUCUUGCGACGACAUUCGCAUCUGCUGCCUCCGUACCACACCGUGCUUCGACCCGCGUUCCCGCGUUAUCAGUCGAUCUUAGCCAGCCUCCCUCGCCACCUUCCUCGGAAGACAUGAUUAAUGGAUUCUCUAGCGAUGUUGGCGAGGAGGCGGACGACAGUGCCACGACUCCUAAGAAAAGCGAGAAGAGACGAAGGAGCGCACAUGCUACAACUACCACCACGGCGUUGUCGAAGCCAACCAGCAGUUCAGUAUCGUCAUCGUCAACCUUGCCUGUGCCAUUCGACAAUACGCCGGCCUCCGCCUUCGAGAGCUCGGGCUCAACCGACUCCUGUUCCAGCUUCAUAUCCGGCCUUCUCGCAGAUCCUACGUUCAAGAGCUGUUACCCCCUCUCCAUGAUGCUGCAGACGUCGACAGGCCUCUUUCAAGCCGAAAAGUCGCUUCUCAGCAUUGUCCGUGUGCUCGACGCAACCUGCCGAGCUGACUCGGCUUCUUGUGCGACAUUUCUCGACCAAGCCGCGACGAAUCUCACCAUGAGCAACAAUUGCAAGACUGAGAUUGCGCAGAACCAGACUUUAGUCCUGCAGGCAUACCACGGGCUGUUGGCCUACAAAACGGUGUAUGCGGCAACUUGUCUCCAGGAUCCGACAGAGAGCCAGUAUUGCUUUGCCAAUGCCGUCACCAACCUCGACACGCCCUCGGACGCCUACCUCUACUUUUUACCAUACGGUUUGGCACUACCUGGCAGCUCCAACCCCUCUUGCAGCUGGUGCACUCAGCAAACGAUGGACAUUUACUUUUCUGCAUCUGCAGACCGAAGCCAGGCCAUUGCCGACGUCUAUGUGGACGCAGCCCGCCAAGUGAACACUUUGUGUGGCCCAAAUUAUGUCAAUGGCACUCUUCCACCAGCUUCAUCAGAAGCUCUCACUCUACGACCUGCCAUUUAUACCAUUACAUUGGCCGUCCUAUGCACCGCGUUUGCCACCCUCGUUUCGAUUUCAUAG